ACAGACUUAGGAGUAGCAAAAAUGGUUUUCAAAGUUACCGUUAUCUGCGCUUUUGCCUUCUUGGUACAGAGUAUCGCCGGACAGAACUGCGGGUGCAGCUGCCAAUCGAUCAGCAUUCCCAGCAGCGGCGGCGCCCUGAACAUACAGGCUAUCGGGCCCAUCGUGCCGUCCGGCAUCGCCGUGGCCACGGAGCUGGGCCUGUCCGGCGACCUGGACCUGUCCGGCGCGCUGCCGUACCUGAGCGCGGUGGCGUUCGAGGGUCAGUUCGACACCAGCGGUACGGCUCCAGUGUCGUACGGCUGCGGGGACAGCGUCGCCAUCACGCAGCAGAUCGGCGGCUCCAGCGGCUGCGGAUGCGGCAGACGCUAAAAACGUCU